CUUGAGCUCGCAGAAUCACUAAAAAUAGAUUAAUUACGGAUAAGUUGAGAAAUUCCUACUGCCUUCCCUUUAUCACCCCCCCCUCCCCAUUCGGAGAUAGUGGAGCAGGCAUCCCGAUACGAUGGCGACUCCGGCCGUGGAAGGCGCAGCAGUGACGGCGCUACGGGCGGUGCUUCACCGUGUCCAAAUCGCGGCGGAAAGGUCCGGCCGCCGCGCCAAUGAUGUGAGGGUCGUUGCGGUGAGCAAGACAAAGCCGCUGGCCCUCAUCGACCAACUCUACGGCGUCGGCCACAGGUGCUUCGGCGAAAACUACGUCCAGGAAAUUAUCGAAAAAGCCCCUCAGCUGCCUGAAGACAUUGAGUGGCAUUUCGUCGGCCAUUUGCAGAGCAACAAAGCGAAAGCGCUGCUGACUGCUGUUCCCCAUCUGGCCAUGGUCCAGGGUGUUGAUAAUGAGAAGGUUGCCAAUAAUCUUGAUCGUGUAGUUUCAAGUAUUGGAAGGAAGCCUUUGAAGGUAUUGGUUCAAGUGAACACAAGCGGAGAAGUAUCAAAAUCUGGUCUAAAUCCAUCAGAAUGUGUAGAAUUUGUGAAGCAUGUGAAGCUAGGUUGUCCAAAUCUCGUCUUUUCUGGACUAAUGACGAUUGGGAUGCCAGACUACACAUCAACCCCUGAGAACUUCAAGACUUUAUUGAACUGUAGAGCUGAGGUAUGCAAAGCCCUAGGAAUCAUUGAAUCCCAGUGUGAGUUGUCAAUGGGCAUGUCCGGUGACUUUGAGCAAGCGAUUGAAAUGGGUAGUACUAGUGUGAGAAUUGGAACAACCAUAUUUGGACCAAGGGACUACUCAAAGAAGUAAUCCACUUGUUUCUUAAUACAAUGUAUGCAAAAAAGUUGUUCUGUUCCUUGACUCAUUCAUAUUGUAGAUAAUGCCAUCAAUGUUACUAGUGUAUCCUAUUCUUACUGGUGUAUUCAAUUGUAGGAGAGAACAUUUGAUUUUAUACUCCAUUUGAAUCGAUAAAGGUUUUCUUUAAAGAGUUGGAUGAAGAAAACAAUUUUUUUCUA